ACGGAGUAGAAUCCCCCUCCUCUGUCAGUGUGUGAGAGAGGGAGAGAGGAGCUGAGCUCCGGAGACAGGAUUAUCGCACUGCCUGGAUGAGCCGUCCUCCCAUCCAUCGCUAUGGCUUUAAUAGUACACCUGAAGACCGUCAGCGACCUGCGCGGGAAGGGGGACCGCAUCGCCAAAGUCAUGUUCAGAGGCCUCUCGUUUUACACCCGUGUGCUGGAGAACUGCGAGGAUGAGGCCAAGUUUGAUGAGACUUUCCGUUGGCCGAUCGCCAGUAACAUAGACGGGAAUGAGAUGCUGGAAAUACAAGUGUCUAACUACAGCAAAGUCUUCACAAACAGACUCAUUGGAACAUUCCGCAUGGUCCUCCAGAAAGUGGUGGAAGAGGCUCAACUGGAAGUGACAGACACUCUCAUCGAUGACAAUAAUUCAGCAAUCAGAACCAGUGUCAGUAUCGAGCUCAGGUAUCAGACCAUGGAUGGGUCCGUGGGUGCCUGGAACGAUGGCGAGUUUUUGGGCAACACAAACAUACAGUCUGAACUUGACAUCAACUAUCACUUAGAGACGGACAGCUUGCUUUCUGGGCAUAGCCAAAAUUCUGCCACGUCACCAGGCCGGUCACACCAAAGUCUGCACUCUGGGGAGAGGACAUUCCGAAGAGUUGGUAAAGGAGUAUUUUCCGCCAUGAAGCUCGGCAAGACACGUCCACCGAAAGAUGACGGCAGAAGACAAGAUGAACCGGCCGUCUUGGAGACAGAAGACCUGGACAGGAAGGCGAUGCGGCUGGGUGGUGGACUAGACCCAGACACCAUAUCUCUUGCCUCUGUCACGGCCCUCACAACUAAUGUCUCCAAUAAAAGGUCUAAGCCUGACAUUAAAAUGGAGCCCAGUGCUGGGAGGCCAAUGGAUUACCAAGUUAGUAUUACAGUGAUCGAGGCUCGGCAGCUGGUGGGAUUAAACAUGGAUCCCGUGGUUUGUGUUGAGGUUGGAGAUGAGAAGAAAUACACCUCCAUGAAAGAGUCCACCAACUGCCCGUACUAUAAUGAGUACUUCGUCUUUGAUUUCCACGUGCCUCCGGAUGUGAUGUUUGACAAAAUUAUCAAACUGUCAGUCAUCCACUCCAAGAAUCUCCUGCGCAGUGGCACAUUGGUCGGAUCCUUCAAGCUGGAUGUGGGGACGGUCUAUACACAACCUGAACACCAAUUCUAUCACAAAUGGGCCAUUCUUUCUGACCCUGAUGACAUCACAGCGGGGGUUAAAGGUUACCUGAAAUGUGACGUUGCCGUCGUUGGAAAAGGGGACAAUAUAAAGACACCUCACAAAGCUAACGAGACUGAUGAUGAUGACAUUGAAGGAAACCUGCUGCUUCCAGAUGGGGUACCUCCAGAGCGCCAGUGGGCUCGCUUCUACGUUAAGAUCUACCGCGCUGAGGGUCUACCCAGGAUGAACACUAGUAUCAUGGCCAACGUUAAAAAGGCACUUAUCGGGGAAAACAAGGACUUGGUGGAUCCCUAUGUCCAAAUCACAUUUGCCGGGCAAAAGGGGAAGACGUCCGUCCAGAAGAGUAGCUAUGAGCCCAUGUGGAACGAGCAGAUUAUAUUCACUGAGAUGUUCCCACCCUUGUGUAAGAGAAUGAAAAUACAGAUCCGAGAUUCUGACAAAGUCAACGAUGUCGCCAUCGGGACCCACUUCAUAGAUCUGCGCAAAAUCUCCAAUGAAGGCGACAAAGGUUUCCUCCCAACCCUGGGUCCAGCUUGGGUUAACAUGUACGGCUCCACACGGAACUACACCCUAAUGGAUGAGCACCAAGAUCUGAACGAGGGUCUCGGAGAGGGGGUGUCAUUUCGGGCCCGGUUGCUCUUGAGUCUUGCUGUAGAGAUUUUAGACACAACUUCUCCUGAGCUCACCAGCUCCACCGAUGUGCAGGUGGAAGGAGCGCCCCCGGUGGCUGAUAAUUGUACCGGUAAAAUGGAGGAAUUCUUCCUCUUCGGAGCUUUCCUGGAGGCCACCAUGAUAGAUCGCAAGAGCGGAGAUAAACCCAUCAACUUUGAGGUUACAAUAGGAAACUAUGGGAACCAAGUUGAUGGGACGACCCGGCCAAAUCUUCGGAAAAAAAAGGAAGGCAGUGAUGGGGGAGAGGAAGAGACGGAACUCUUACAGAACUCUAGUGAGGAUGAAGCAGAGGAUGAUGGGGAAAUGCAGUCCGUCUCCUCUUCACCAUCAAUGAAACCAUCUAUAACAGACAGAAACUACUUCCACCUCCCGUACUUUGACCGCAAGCCUUGCAUCUAUAUCAAGAGCUGGUGGCAGGACCAGAGGAGAAGACUCUACAAUGCCAACAUCAUGGACAAGAUUGCAGACAAGCUGGAGGAAGGAUUGAAUGAUGUCCAUGAGAUGAUAAAGACAGAGAAGCCAUAUCCAGAGAGGAGACUUCGGGGGGUGCUAGAGGAGCUGAGCAGUGCCAGCUUCCGCUUCGUCACAUUGGCCAACAAGGAUCAGAAUACGAAUGGCCGGACUAAACUGGACCGCGAGCGAUUAAAAUCCUGUAUGCGAGAACUAGAGAACAUGGGGACCCAGGCCAAGACAAUGAGGUCUCAGGUGAAGAAGAACACUGUAAAAGAUAAACUGAAGUUGGUCCAGAACUUCCUGCACAAACUGCGAUUCCUGGCUGAUGAGCCCCAGUACAGUAUCCCGGAUGUCUUUAUCUGGAUGAUGAGCAAUAACAAGCGUAUCGCCUAUGCCCGUAUACCAUCAAAGGAUAUCUUGUACUCCAUUGUGGAUGAGGAGACUGGAAAGGAUUGUGGGAAAGUCAAGGCUGUCUUCCUUAAGUUGCCAGGAAAGCGAGGUUUUGGACCUGCCGGUUGGACUGUACAGGCCAAGAUGGAAGUCUACAUGUGGCUGGGCCUGAACAAGCAGAGGAAGGACUUUUUGUGUGGUCUUCCAUGUGGGUUUGAGGAAAUUAAAGCUGCAAAGGGGCCAGGCCUGCAAUGUUUCCCUCCUAUCAGCCUCAGCUAUACAAAGAAACAAGUUUUCCAGCUGCGUGCACACAUGUACCAAGCACGUAGCCUGUUUGCAGCAGAUAGCAGUGGUCUUUCAGAUCCCUUCGCUCGAGUUUUCUUCAAUACCCAGAGUCAGUGCACAGAGGUCCUGAAUGAGACUCUGUGCCCGACAUGGGACCAGUUACUGGUGUUUGACAAUGUGGAGCUUUAUGGUGAGGCCAAUGAAAUGCGUGAUGAUCCCCCCAUCAUUGUCAUUGAGAUCUAUGAUCAAGAUACUGUGGGAAAGGCAGACUUCAUGGGCCGGACGUUUGCCAAACCAGUGGUGAAAAUGGCUGAUGAGGGAUACUGUACACCUAGAUUCCCACCACAGCUUGAGUAUUACCAGAUAUACCGUGGAAACUCUACCGCUGGGGACCUUCUAGCAGCCUUCGAGCUACUCCAGAUUGGCCCAUCUGGAAAAUCUGAUCUUCCACCUAUUGAUGGACCAACAGACAUGGAGAGAGGACCCAUCCUUCCAGUCCCAAUGGGCAUCCGACCCGUUCUCAGUAAAUACAGAGUCGAGAUCCUCUUCUGGGGAUUGAGAGAUCUGAAGAGAGUGAAUCUUGCCCAGGUGGACAGGCCAAGGGUGGACAUUGAGUGUGCGGGGAAAGGAGUCCAAUCUGCCCUCAUCCAGAACUACAAGAAGAAUCCAAACUUCAGCACUUUGGUGAAAUGGUUUGAAGUGGAUCUUCCAGAAAAUGAGCUGCUUCAUCCUCCUCUGAAUAUUCGGGUAGUGGAUUGCCGUGCAUUUGGCAGAUAUACAUUGGUGGGCUCCCAUGCUGUCAGCUCACUGCGUAAAUUUAUCUACCGUCCACCGGACAAGAAGUCUCAGCAUUGGAACACCACUGCUAAAUUGAUGAGUGGCUAUAUGGCACUGGCCAACGGAGGGACCUACUCUCGCCCCACAGGUGAAAUUGUUGUCAAUAUGGAGCCUGAGGUGCCCAUUAAGAAGAUGGAGACUAUGGUCAAACUAGAGGCGAAUUCCGAUGCAGUUGUUAAAGUAGAUAUGACUGAGGAUGAGAAAGAAAAGAAGAAGAAAAAGAAGAAAGGGGAAGAGAUUGAAGAAGAGGAGCCAGAUGAGAGCAUGCUGGACUGGUGGUCCAAAUACUUUGCUUCUAUCGAGACGCUGAAAGAGCAACUGCGUCAGCAAGAAGCCGCAGCAGCAGAAGCUGAGGAGAAGGAGGAGAUGGAAAUCGCAGAGGAGAUCAAAAUUGAUGAAUCUCCCAUGAAAGGCGCCAAGGGUCAGGCGAAGAACAAAGACAAAGUGAAAGUGCCCAAAGAGGACAAGAAAAAGAAGCAACAAGCCGAGCAAGCAGAGAAAAAGAACAAACAGAAGAUUGACGAGUUAAAGGUCUUCAACAAAGAACUAGAAACUGAAUUUGACUGUUUUGAAGACUGGCUGCACACAUUCAACUUACUAAGAGGGAAGAUCGGGGAUGACGAUGACACAGUCAGCGAGGAGGAACGGAUAGUGGGGAGGUUUAAAGGUUCUAUGUGUGUGUAUAAGGUUCCACUACCUGAUGAUAUCACCAAAGAAGCUGGCUAUGAUCCCAACUAUGGCAUGUUCCAAGGAAUUCCCAGUAAUGAUCCCAUGAAUGUACUAGUACGAGUCUACGUUGUGAGGGCUACAGAUUUACAUCCUGCUGACAUCAAUGGGAAAGCUGAUCCUUAUGUUGUUAUAAAACUGGGAAAAACUGAAAUCAAAGACAAAGAGAACUACAUCUCCAAACAACUAAAUCCUGUCUUUGGAAAGUCAUUUGACAUUGAGGCCACAUUCCCCAUGGAGUCCAUGCUAACAGUGGCAGUUUAUGAUUGGGACUUGGUGGGGACUGAUGACUUGAUUGGAGAGACCAAGAUCGAUCUAGAGAACCGUUAUUACAGCAAGCACAGAGCAACAUGUGGGAUAUCACAGACAUACGCCAUACAUGGUUAUAAUAUGUGGAGAGAUCCCAUGAAACCUACCCAGAUCUUGUCCAAACUCUGCAAAGAAGGGAAAAUUGACGGCCCCCACUAUGGCCCCGGAGGACGAGUCAAAGUUCUAAAUCGUGUUUUCACUGGUCCCAUUGAGAUUGAAGAUGAAAACGGUCAGAAGAAACAAACAGACGAACAUUUGGCCCUUUCGGUUCUUCAGCACUGGGAGGAGAUUCCGCGAGUUGGCUGCAGGUUGAUUCCGGAACAUGUAGAGACACGACCCCUGUUAAAUCCAGACAAGCCAGGAAUUGAACAGGGUCGUAUUGAAAUGUGGGUAGAUAUGUUCCCCAUGGACAUGCCAGCUCCGGGUCCUGCCAUUGAUAUCUCUCCAAGGAAACCAAAAAGUUUUGAACUACGUGUUAUAAUUUGGAACACUGAUGAAGUGAUUCUAGAAGAUGAUGCUUUCAUGACAGGAGAGAAGAUGUCAGACAUCUAUGUCAAGGGGUGGCUGAAGGGACAACAGGAGGACAAGCAAGAUACAGACGUCCACUAUCACUCUCUUACUGGUGAGGGCAACUUCAACUGGAGGUUCAUUUAUCCAUUUGAUUAUCUGAUGGCCGAGGAGAAGAUUGUCAUCUCCAAGAAAGAGUCUAUGUUCUCCUGGGAUGAGACAGAAUACAAGAUUCCAGCACGACUUACCCUACAGGUCUGGGAUGCUGACCACUUCUCUGCUGAUGACUUCCUGGGCGCCAUCGAGUUAGACUUAAACCGUUUCCCUCGAGGAGCAAAGACAGCGAAACAAUGCUCCAUAGACAUGGUGGCACCUGAGGUGGAUUUGCCAAUGGUCUCUAUCUUCAAACAGAAGAGGGUGAAAGGAUGGUGGCCGUUCGUUGCCAGAAAUGAAAAUGAUGAACUUGAACUUACUGGUAAAGUGGAGGCAGAGCUCCACCUACUAUCAGCAGAAGAGGCGGAGAAAUCACCGGCAGGUCUCGGACGCAAUGAGCCGGAUCCUCUGGAAAAACCAAAUCGGCCCGACACAUCCUUCAUUUGGUUCCUUAACCCGCUUAAGUCCAUCAAGUACCUCAUCUGUAAUCGCUACAAGUGGCUCAUCAUUAAGAUCGUCUUGGCCUUGCUGCUACUGGCGAUGGUGGCACUCUUCCUGUACAGCAUGCCAGGCUACAUGGUCAAGAAGUUGUUGGGAGCAUGAAGAGAAGCCCAAGAAGAAAAGACUCUGCAGUGCCUAUCCUUGCUCAAAACGUUUGUCCUUUCCAUCAUAGACUGUAUAGUUUUGUGAUGGGUUUCAGCAAAACAUUUCCUGUGUGAAUUUUUGUUUUAGUUUCUACUGAGAAGCGACUGAAAGGGGGAAAAGCUAACAUUUGCCGAAAAAGAUGAGGCUUCAAACUGUUUUUUUUUUCCUUUAGCAACAAAAGCUUCCUUCUUUUUAGAUACUAGCCUGGAUUAUUUACAGAACAUUCAAAUCUAGAAACAAUUCUCUUUGGUGAGAGUUAUAUAGGUUAGACUGUCACUGAGUUUAUGAACAUUUUUGCCCAACACAAGGCAUAACACUAACCAAACCAAGACCAGUAGAAUUUUCCAAUCUGUGACUGUCUCUUUAACGCUGACCAAAGUUAUACAGGUGGUAAAGAUGUAAAUGUUGGUUAGGAUUCCAUAUUGCAAUACAGGAUCCUUUCAGUUAAGUCAAAAUAUGGUUUUAUGAGCCUUGUUCAAAGAGUAGGACACUUAGGCUUGCUUUAUUAUUAAAAUCCUAGUAGUUUUGAGAUCAUCCUCAUGAUUUCUUGGCUAGUAGGGCAUGACGAGAAUUAUAGUUUCAUAGUUGAUAGAGAGCCAGACAGGGAUGUUAGUUGAUAUGGUUUUUGAAUUAUGCAAAUUUACUCAUAACUGCAGUAACUGGAUCUUUCUCCCCACUUGCCUGUAUUCCCGAUUCUAAAUCCUUAAAAUAGGAAGGGGACACUUUCAAAUACACUGAAGUGGACAUUUUCAUUAUUAUACAAUUUAAACCAAACACCUCAAGAUACCCCAACCAAUCAUACUGCGUUCUUUCACUCCCCCACCAAUCCCACUCUCUAAAACCCAAUACAGUAAAUGGUAGCAGAAACCACAAUCUGCUUAACUCUAGAAAUGGCUGCUCUAGAAUCCUUCAGCUCAAGUGCAAUAUCAUUGGCUGACCCUCUCCUUGAUAGUGAACACACAGGAAAAUGUUUGGUCACAUGUCCAGUUAGCUAUGGAAUCUCAGAUCAGAAGUUUCUACAGCCUAAAUUAGUAUUUUAUUGUUCUACUGCCUUUCAUGGGUUUAAACAAGUGGGGUGGGCAGUGAAACAGUGGAUCAUGUUUUAAUGAUAUCCGCUUUCAAAUAUCCAGUGGGAAAUUGUUAAAUAAGUUCCAAUCAGGUGCAAAUAUAUAUUUUGAAGGAAAAUGUAUCCUCAUAGAAUGGAUCAACAGCUUAUCUUCAGCCCUUCACAUGACCAAGCAAACAAAACGUGUAAAAUUAUUAUUAUAUUCAGAUCUGACCUUUGCAAACCCAUAGACAGUCUUCCAAAACAACUAGAAUCGAUCCAUAUGUCCAAUUUUUGCUUGUGUAUAGGUACACCAAGGGUUGUAUUUUAAAAGACGGUUAUCAGAAUGUUAUGUUGUUUUGAAAUCUGUAAUUCAAGAAUACUCUUUGUAGUUCUUUUUUUAUUCCCCCAAAAUUGAAAGUUUUCUCUGCACAAAUGAACAUCAUUCAUUUCCAGUUGGGUUUACUAUUUAUCAUUUUGACAAAAUGAUCAAUUAAUCUGAGCCUUAAGGUAUCAAUCAUUCCAGUGUAAUAACUGAAAAUCAAAUAGUAAUAACAAUAAUAAUAGUAGUAAUUUUAAUAAUAGUAGUAAUUAUAAUAAUAUAUUUAAAAUACUUCUGGCAGGUUCCAGCUGGUCUUGUGGAUAUGAUUUUAAGGCACUUUUAAUUAUAUAUACCUAAAGCACAAUUUUCUCAGUAAAAUCUUACAGCUAACAGCCUCACAACUUACAUCCUAUUAUUAAAGUCCAACUACACCCCCCCCUACCCUCCAGCCCCCUUGUACAUUUUAUUUUGAAUCCAUUUGUAAACAUAACUAUUUUCCAGCAGUCUUUGGUAGGGUAGUAUAACAUCACAGGUCCUCUUCCUUUAGCGAUGUCCUCGUCCUAAAUACCAUAGAGAGAGGCACCACAUUAUGAUGUGUCGCCAGUCUUUACAACUUUCUCCUGUGAAGUCAUCAUGACCUGGUGACAUGCCUCCAGGGGGCAGGUCCUUGACACUGUCCGCUAGCAGGAAUCUGGUUUAAUGACACUGGGCGCCUAGAGCGACGAGUCUACAACUGGAAAGGAGGUGAGUAUUGUAGCAAGAGCUGCAUAUUUUAUUUCAACAAGGUCUGGGCCUUUCAUAUUUCAAUAAAAGAAAAACUGUCAGUUGAGCUUUAAUAAACCAGUAAUUCUCAACCACUUUCAUUGGGCCCCUCAUGUUGGAGGAUUGUGGAACCUUUAAGAGGCAUUCCAGGUAUGGCAUUUCUUCCAUAGUUGCAUUGGUCCAGCUUGCAAAGCAUUCUCUGAUUGGACAAGGUGGUUAGCAUGACGUUACCACCCAGCCUCUCCUCAUUCAAACAGAGAACGUUUUGCAAUCAUUGAGCAAAGCAUUCCAAACGGUCAACCUCCUCUUAAAGCUCAACAGUGCAGCAGGGCAGCCGCUUGGGAUAGGACCCAGAAGCUGGUGGAGAUCUCUGGAAUAGUUGUGUCUACUACAGUGAUUUCCAGCUGCUAGAGGGAUCCAACAGGUACUGUAUAUGCCUAGUUACUUAGGUCCAAGCUGGUCCAUGUAAACAAAUCCAUAACUGGAAUUCUUCUUUAAGUUUCAUUGUCGUACGUAUUCCAAAACUGCAAAAAAUGUGAAAGCUUGCAAUCCAUGGAUCUCAAAAAUAGAAUAGGUUUCAGUAUCCAAAAAAGGGUUGAGCACCAAGGCCUUCUAUACGGCCUCGGUAUGACCUGUGUGUUACAGCUCUGCAAAUAGAAACUUUAAAAUAUAUUUCUUUUAGGAAAUAGUUCUUUUUUCAUUCCACUCAUGCAGACAAGUUGCAACUUCAAGAACAGGGGAUAUGCAAAAUUAUUUGACAUGAAACACAAUGCAAUAAGCCCCAUGCAUUCAGUGAUGAUCAAAGCACAAUAUCCAUUAAAGAGCACAGGGUAAAGUCUCUCAAUCCACACAUCAUUCACCAUUGUUUGCAUUUAAGGUGUGAUAUCAUGACAUUUCUAGCAGUGUUUUAUUUUUUCCACCAUCAUGCCUCUUUUUAUUUUAUUGUUACUUUCUUCCUUCUUUAUGAUAUAGGGAAGUACCUCCCUGCCUUGCACUAAUUUCAGUUUGUGUAUGUUGUAAAGAAUUUUAUUUAUAAGUUUUAUUGUGUGAAUUAUAAUUUGUUAUUUUCUUUUUCUUUUCUCUUUUUUGUUUUGUCUAUUUUUGUGUUUGUUGUUGUGGCUGUUAUUUGACUUGUUUGUUACAAUAAAAUGGUGACUCCAUCCAUCGUCCAGUCGUCCUAA